GGCAUCCGUAAAUUUGCUUCACUUGCGCGAGGUGGCCUAUUUCUGGCCGUUUGUUUUUUCACCUGGCGAUUCCAGGAUCCUCUCAUUUGGGAUUCGUGCCCAGGACGAUUUGUAUUGGAUUUUCCCUUCGUAGGUGAUUGGCAUCAAGCUUCGGAUUGAGUCAAUACGAGAUUCUUAAUUGGCGCAACUCCCCAUCCUUGGUUGUCAUCACUCAACCUUCGCGCACACGUUGUCGCCUUAUAUACGACAUCAUUGAUACUGUGAUUCUUGCGACCAAGAAGGGACUCACAAAUUAUGUCGUCGACAAUAGACCCAAGUAAAAGAGUGGUGACGGUUGUUCUCGGCGCCCAGUGGGGCGACGAAGGCAAAGGCAAGCUUGCCGACAUCUUGUGCUCAAAAGCUUCAGUAUGCUGCCGAGCUGCUGGUGGUAAUAAUGCAGGACACACUAUUGUUGCCAACGGAGUCACGUAUGACUUCCACAUAUUGCCUUCUGGCUUGGUGAAUCCGGGCUGUAUCAACCUGAUCGGGAGUGGUACUGUCGUUCACAUCCCUUCGUUCUUCAACGAGCUCGAAGCCCUCCGUAAGAACAACCUGGAUACUAAGGACAGGAUAUAUAUCAGCGAUCGUGCGCAUGUGGUGCUGGAUCUGCACCAAAAGGUCGAUGGAUUGGAAGAGGCAGAGCUGGGUAAGGGUUUGAUCGGAACCACCAAGAAGGGCAUUGGCCCAACAUACAGUUCGAAAGCAACAAGAGGUGGCAUCCGUAUCUGCGACAUAUUUCACAUAGACGUCGAAGAUAAGAUACGACGCCUCGCGGACGGAUACAAGAAACGUUUCGGUGAGCUGCUUCAGUACGAUGUAGAAGAGGAGAUUGCGCGCUUCAGAACCUACCGGGAAAGUUUACAGGAAUUCGUGAUUGAUCAGAUUCCAUUCUUGAAGUCUGUCAAGGAUCAGAAAGCUAGCAUCCUUGUGGAGGGUGCUAAUGCCGUGAUGCUUGAUAUUGAUUACGGAACUUACCCCUAUGUGACAUCAAGCAACACUGGCAUCGGUGGAGUUAUCACAGGCCUCACUCUGGGGUGGAAUUCCAUUAAAGACGUUAUCGGUGUUGUUAAAGCCUACACUACUCGCGUUGGUAGCGGACCGUUCCCAACAGAGCAACUCAACGAAGUUGGAGAGGCAAUGCAGAACGUCGGGCGCGAAUUCGGUGUUACGACAGGAAGAAAGCGUCGUUGUGGUUGGCUCGAUCUCGUGUUGGUGAGAUACUCUCAUGAAGUCAACCAAUACACAUCAUUGAACAUUACAAAGCUUGACAUAUUGGACGAUUUCAGUGAAUUGAAGAUAGCUGUCGGCUACAAGCAUAACGGUCAGCCAUUGGAGUCGUUCCCAGCAGAUCUCCAUACGCUCGCUGAAGUUGAGGUUGAGUAUAAGACGCUUCCAGGCUGGAAGACCUCUACCGUCGGCGUCAAGUCCUACGCAGAACUACCAGAAAAUGCGAGAAACUACAUCGAAUUCAUCGAAAAAGAGGUCGAUGUACCGAUCACGUACAUAGGAACUGGUCCAGGCAGGGAGAGCAUGCUAACGCGGUGAGCGGCAUGACACGCUGGUCGCAUUCUGAUAUGGUCCGCAGGUGGAACCCCACGUAGAAGUGCUGGAGAAAGAAGUUCUAUAGAAAGCAAUGUACAAAGCCAUUCUUAGCAAGGAGUCGCCGACCAAGUCUUUUGUUCAGCAAGUCACUGACAGUUUGAUAGCAGGAAGCUCGGUCGCAGGCAAGAGUCCAAAUGAAAUAUUCAUAAUCCAUGAGCA